AUGUUGUCUGCAUUUCUCGAUUCUAUAACUAAGCCCGCAGAGAUUAAAGCGCUUCUCAACUAUAAAUUUUCCCCAAAGUCAGAGAAUAAGCGUCGACAUCAACAGGCUCUCGCUGCCGACGCGUCGAAGAAGCGCUGUUAUGAUUUCCUGAACAUGACAUCCCGUAGCUUUGCCGCUGUCAUCCAAGAGCUUGACGAUGAUUUAAGAGAUCCUGUUUGUCUCUUUUAUCUGGUAUUGCGCGGUUUAGAUACGAUUGAAGAUGACAUGACGUUGCCUUUGGACCGAAAGGUCGAGCUUUUAAGGUCGUUUGACAAGAUUAUCUACCAGCGUAACUGGACUUUCAAAGAAAGUGGCCCCAACGAAAAAGACAGGGAUUUAUUGGUUCACUUUGAUGUGGUCAUUGAGGAAUUUCUUCGUCUUCAACCUCGUUUCCAAGUCGUCAUUGCCGACAUUACACACAAAAUGGGAAAUGGCAUGGCCGACUAUGCCGUGGGUGAACAUCGCGAAAAUACCUCGGUAGCAACCGUGAAAGACUUUGACCUGUAUUGUCAUUAUGUUGCCGGUUUGGUGGGAUAUGGUUUGUCGGAUCUCUUUGUAGCGUCCGAGUUGGAAAAUAAGCAAGUAGCCGACGAUAAAGAGCUGUCCAACUCCAUGGGUCUGUUUUUGCAAAAGACCAACAUCAUCCGUGAUUACCGUGAGGAUUUGGAAGAAGGACGUCAAUUCUGGCCUCGUGAAAUUUGGGGUAAAUAUGCAAACAAUUUUGCUGAUUUCAUCAAACCCGAGAAAAAGGAAGAUGCACGUUCAUGUCUCAGCGCCAUGGUCCUGAACGUUCUUCAUCAUGUGCCUGACGUCCUCACUUAUCUGUCCCGCUUGCACAACCAAUCGGUGUUUAACUUUUGCGCUAUUCCCCAAGUGAUGGCCAUUGCCACUCUCGCACUGGUGUUCAACAAUAUGGAUAUUUAUCAACGCAAUGUCAAAAUUCGAAAGGGUGAAGCGGUCAAACUAAUUUUGGACAGCACCAACAUGGACAACGUCAUCACCAUUUUCAGACACUACAUUAAGAUCAUCUCACAGAAGAACGAAGCCACAGAUCCCAACUUCAUGGAGAUCUCCAUGGCCAUUGGCAAAAUUGAACAAUGGAUCGCUGCCAACUAUAAGCCUUCUAAAGUCGUUCUCAAAUCCUCUGAUUCCUCUCUGCUUAUUUUACCUAUUGUCAUUGGUCUUGUCGGCAUGCUUGUUAUUAAUUACUUGCAACAUGCCUAG